AUGGCAAUCGGAUUCAUGGAGGUGCUUGUGGUCAAAGCUAAGGGCCUUCCUCUGUCUGAUCUCUUUGCUCGUAUCGAUCCCUACGUUCUGAUCCAGUACAAAGGCCAAGAGCGCCAGACUAGUGUAGUCCAUGAGGGAGGUAGCAAUCCAGUGUGGAACGAGAAAUUUGUAUUCAGAGCAGAAUAUCCUGGAUCAGGCGACCAAUUCAAGCUCUUCUUUAAAAUCAAGGACAAGGACUUCUUCUCUGCUGAUGACUUCCUUGGCCAAGCCGAAAUAUAUGUGGAGGAUUUGCUGGCUUUAGGAGCAGAGAAUGGAAGAUCUGAGCUUCAUCCUCGAAAGUAUAGAGUGGUUGGUGCAGAUCAAUCUUACUGUGGAGAAAUUGAAGUUGGUAUAACUUUCACCCUUAAGGAAGAAGACGAAUCUCUUGACGAAGACAUUGGAGGAUGGAAGGAAAGCGACUACUAGUUAUUAAGUUCAUCAGAUGUAGAUUUUCGAAAUUAAGAUUGUGAAAAUGUGAGUUUGAAGAGAAGGGGGGAAAAAUAUAGCAAAUUUUAUGUACUGUUACCCUUGUAUUAC